CUUGCUGCAAUGUACAAUUUGCACUGUUUGAGAUGCCUUUAUCCAUUUCAGCCCCGUUCGACCUACCCUGUCUCUCUGUCGCCGGAUAACGACCGAACUCCGAUAAGCGUCGGCUAAGGUCAAGUCCCCUCACUCGAUAUUCAAUGCACGUACGGACGUACGGAGUGGGGGACUGAGAAAGCGAUCUUCGGAAUACCUGAAUGUCCCUCACCAGGUCAUACUUUCUUGAAGUUCCCCUCUCUUGAUCUCCUGAAUCGUGACCUUUAUCAUACCCCCUCUACAAGAGACGUAAGAUAACAUGACUGUCGACCACUCCACCACUAAUGGCCGUUCAGAGUCAGAAGAAAUCUCUCCAUUAGAUUCUAUUCCCUCACUCCCCUUAUUUCUGGAGGCACAGAAAGUCUCGCAGCACAAUGCGGGGAAAGUUGCGGUGAUAGAUGCGGCCAAGGGGGAGCAAUUCACUUACAAGCAGCUCUUAGUGGAUACGGCAGCGUUGAAAAAGAUCAUUCUUGAGGAAUUGCGGCUGAAAGAUUUGGAAGAAAGACGCAUUGCCUUCCUGGUCCCGAAUGGAUACGACUAUGCUGUUACCCAGUGGGCCAUCUGGGCAGCUGGCGGCGUCUGUGUGCCCCUCUGUACAACUCACCCGGUCAAGGAACUACUCUACACAAUAGACGACUCGGACCCAUCCUUGGUCAUUCUGCACCCUGCGUUCGACAAGUUCAAGGAGCCGCUCCGUGGGUCAAUAACAAAGGAUGUGCCAUUCAUGGCUCUUCGGCCUUUCCAUGCGAAAAAAGAUAUCUCGUCGAAUUCCCUGCCUACGUUCAGGCCUGCCGCCUCCCUGGAUCGAAGGGCGCUGAUGAUUUACACAUCUGGUACAACGUCAAAACCCAAAGGCUGCGUCACAACGCACAAGAACAUCACCUUCCAAGCGAGAUGUCUCGUUGAAGCGUGGAAGUACAGCCCGUCUGACCACCUCAUCCAUGUCCUACCGCUUCAUCACGUCCAUGGGAUCAUCAACGGCUUAACGGCUAGUUUCCUCAGCGGAGCUACGGUCGAGAUGCAUGCCAAAUUCGACCCGCAAGUCAUAUGGAACCGGUGGCAGGAACAAGGCUCCUGUACGAUGUUCAUGGCGGUUCCAACGAUAUACUCCCGAUUGAUCGAUUACUUCGAGGCCAACAUACGCGGCACAGACAAGGAAGCCGCUGCCCGAAGUGGCGCCAACGCCUUAAGGCUCGUCGUAAGCGGUUCCGCAGCUCUCCCUACCCCUAUCAAGACCAAGUUCGCCGCAAUCACAGGCCAGAUCCUGCUGGAGCGAUACGGCAUGACAGAGAUCGGCAUGGCGCUCAGUUGCGGGCUGGAUGUCGACAAGCGGAUAGACGGCAGCGUCGGCUGGCCUCUGCCUGGCGUACAGGUGCGGCUGGUCGACAAGGAAACGGGCGCGACCAUUGAGACUGCGAACGAGGACGGCAUGAUCGAGAUCAAAGGGGACAACGUCUUCCUCGAAUACUGGCGACAGCCCGACGCAACAGCCAGGGAGUUCACUGCAGACGGAUGGUUCAAGACCGGGGAUGUCGCACGGCGCGAUGAUGCGGGCGCAUACUACAUCCAAGGCCGGGCGUCGGUCGACCUGAUCAAGUCCGGCGGGUACAAGAUCUCGGCUCUAGAAGUGGAACGGAAGAUGCUCGGCUUGGAUGCCAUUGAAGAAGUUGCGGUUGUGGGUCUUGCGGACGAGGAAUGGGGCCAGCGCGUCGCUGCUGUUGUCAAGCAACGGCCUAGGACCGAGCCGCUGGAACUUCAGAGCCUUCGUGCGCAACUUAAGCAAGAGAUGGCCCCUUACAAGAUUCCGACAGUGCUGAAGGUUGUGGACAGUAUUGAGCGCAAUGCGAUGGGUAAGGUGAACAAGAAGAUAAUCGUACAGGAAUACUGGCCCGAUAAGGCUUGAUCUGGAAUUGCCACUGGACUGCACCAUGAAGCCUAAGCAUCAUGAGUCACAACCUUCUAUAUAAAUGAUCCUUGACAGAAAACUGGAAGACUUAUUAGUGUCUUCAUUGGUCUACACACGCUAUACUCUCUCAUGUACCAUCUGCAAAAGAGAGUCUUAUGCGGGUGAAAUGCCAUAAUCUCAACGACCGCACGCCUCU